CUCAAAAUUGUCGGUCCGUCAACUGUCAACCAUCUUUUAUGCAAAAACAUCAAUUUGGGCUUACACGUGCUUUGACUUCUCCUUGAAAGAAAAUCGUAAAAAAUGGACAAACCAGUAGUCACUGCCCGAGUUAUCAAAGUUUUGGGACGGACCGGCUCCCAGGGACAAUGUACUCAGGUCAAAGUGGAGUUCAUCGGCACUCAGAACCGUCAGAUCAUCCGUAACGUCAAGGGGCCCGUAAGAGAAGGUGAUAUCCUCACACUGCUGGAGUCCGAACGUGAAGCUAGGAGGCUGCGGUAG